AUGCCGAAGAAGAAGGUUGACGAAUAUUGUAGCCGUUCUCAUGAACCAAAUCCUCCAUUAGGUCAAGAACAUCAAUUUGAAACUCCUCAACCAUCAAAAUCAAGCACAAUGACUUAUUUGAGGAAACCUGAUAGGGUGAAGAAAAAGAGAGGAAAUGACUUAACCCCGAUUGAUCAUACGCCCACCUCUCGAGGUGACAAGCAUUUAGGGGUAGAUAAUAGAGAAGGAAUGGAACAUAAUGAUCAAGAAGAGGUCGGAGUCGAAACUAACCGUGAAGGAAACGAAAAUGAAAUUUUUGUAGAGGAAGAAACUAAUUAUAAUGAAGAUGAAGAAGAAUUUAAAGAAACCGAUGAUGAUGGAGAGGAGGAAGAGGAAUCAAAUGAUGAAUAG